GCCCACCUCGCCAUUGUCCGUCCCCCCACUCUGGGCAGUCAUCACCUGGCUCGGUCCCCCGCGCGCACGCACGCACGCACGACGCACGCAACACCUACGCUCUGCACGGCUAGACAAAAGUCAAAGCACAUCAAAGACUGUCUCACCAUCACCACCACCACCGCGCCCACCUCAGUCAUGGACGAGGGAGGUGACGCCGGCGACUCUGCGGCAUCGCGCAAGCGAUCCCUCCGAGCAUGCGAUGUAUGUCCUCAUCGCCGGAUGAAAUGCGAGGACAUUCAAGUCUCGAGCACGACAGGCCUCUCGAGCUGCAGAGUAUGCCGACAAAAACGACAGCAAUGCACCUUCCAUGCGCCGAUCAAGAAGCGCCGGGGUAUCGGAUGCGCGCGCCAUCCUCCGAGUCGCCGGGCACGUCGCCAAAGCACGAGUUCCGCCCCUCGUCGUUCCCGCAAGCAAGCGACCACAGCCCCACCGACGGCGUCGCCGCGCCCGGCCACAACCAAGCAGAGGCAGGCUCGGGCCCAGACGUCUCGGGGACGGGCUACUCUACCCGCGCAACCUCGCCCGGUGGCUUGCGCGUGCCCCAUCCACCCCGCCAGCCGCUGUUCGGCCUCCCGACGUCGUUGGUCGAGCGCCUGCUCUCAGUGUACUUUACCCACAUCCAUAAUGUGUGGCCGCUCAUCUACAAGCCCCUGUUCAAUCCCCACACGACGUCGGCGCCCCUCCUCCUCGCCAUGCUCGCCAUUGCGUCGUGCGUGGCUACGCGGGAGAAGAAUGCCGGCAACGACGAGUGGACGCAGGAGAAGCUCUUCAACCGCGCAGAGUCGUCCCUUCACCACUGCCGGAUGGACAACCGCAUCGACAUUGUGCAGGCGCUGAUCCUGCUGUCCCUACGUCAGACUGGCUGCGGCGACAAGCGCAUGGCGUUUAGCUACGCCGGCCGCGCGUGCUGCAUGGCGCUCAACCUUGGGUUGAACCUCGCCCCAGCCCAUCCGGAGUCUCCUGCCGACUCGGAGCUCCGCUCUCGCGUCUACUGGAACUGCUAUGUUCUCGACAAGACGCUAGCCGAGGAGACUGGCAGGUCGUUCAUCCUGCCCUACCGCCGGUCAUCGACGCCUCUGCCGUCCAUGACCGAGUCGGACGAGUUUGAGAUGUGGCCCCCGCUCCCGACCUCGCUGUCCCCGAUGCCGCGGUCCGUCCGGCACAUCGUCCCCCGCAGAGGGUACGUCAUGUCCUGCUUCGUCUGGACAUGCCGGCUGGGCCUGAUUGUGGAGGAUAUUCUGGACAUGGAGCAGGCUGGCCCGCCGGCAGAUACAGACGGCUGGGAGCGUGCGUUCACGGAGCCGCUGCCGGGUGUCAACCGCGACCCUGCCGUCGUCGCCGAGCACAUCAACGCCAAGUUGGAAGCCUGGCGAGCUGCACUCCCAUCCACCCUCGAAGUCGACCUCAGCCCCAAUGUGUCGCCCCUCCCUCACCACGUCGUCGGUCUAUCGUGGUACUACACUGCCCAGAUCCUCUUGCAUUCACGCUUCAUCAAGCAGCGCCCAAGCCAGUUUGUUCAAGACACUGAAGAGGGCGACCAGAGCCUCCGCGCACAUGGCAUAUGCACUAAAGGAAGCGAGGCUUGCGUCAACCUCCUCGCCCAUCUCGACAGGCACCAGCUGCUCGCCCAAGUGUCGGCUGACAUCAUCCACAUCCUGUCCCUCGCGACACUAUUCGAAGCGUUCGACGCUUCAGACAGCAACGACGAGCUUGCGCACCGUGCCAAGGUCAACUUUGCCCAGUGCUGCAUUUGGCUGCGCAACGUCUCCAGCAACUGGCCCGCGGCGUCAACACACAAGGUUUACUUUGAGGGGUUGAUCCAGGGAGGUCUCAAGCUGUCGUCGCCCGACGACGACGACGCCUCGCCAGCGGCCAAGAAGCGUCGCGGGACCAUGGGUGCGAUCGCGUCUCCAUCGUCCCUCGUCGAGUCGCCGUCCAUCCCCGAGGGACUCCGUCAGGUCGGUCGCGCGUUGUCGACGACGGCAGGCAGCACGCUACCGGCCAUCAGCCUGCCACCGCUUGGCGUGUCAUCACUCUUCCAGCUCCCCCAGUUCUACUGGAACCACUUGACCAACGCCGUUCCCGGGCAGGGCGGCAUAACUCAGCCUGCGAGGUUCGACCAGGCACUCGACCUCGUGCUAGGCAGUCCAGAGGCAAGCGGUGCCAUGGACCUUGCAGAGUGGUCGCCCCUCAACUACAGCAGCACGGCUACAUUGCCUUCGGGCCAGACUCCGCAAAGUGGGCCGCCGACGAGUGCAUCAAACCCAUCAUACACGCAGAUGCAACCGCCACAGCAACAACAGCAACAGCAGCAGCAGAUACAAACCCAGCAACAACAGCAACAGCAGCAGGUCAACCCACAACAUCUCCAGCAACAACAGCAGCAGCAACAGCAGCAACCCACCAUGCCAUGGGACAUGGACCACUCAUCGUUUAUGAAUUCUGGGACGCUCGACCCCCUGGAUCCAUCAGCCAUCUAUUCGACGCUGAUGAGUUACAUGGUCGAGGCAGCAAGGAGCCGAUAG